CUACUGUGAUCUAAAAGUGAAGGAUUCGUUGGGCGCUAGUGUACGAAGUUGUGCCACUCUGAUCAGUGAGCUUGUUCCUAUGCUUUGGCUGCGUUAAGAUUGAGUGUCUUCCUUUUAAGGGCGUAAAAUUAAAAAGAAAUCAUCUCUUAGGUAUAUUUGCGUCAAUUGGCCACAAAUGGCAAUAGGCUUAAAGUUCAGCACACCUUAGUCCAGUGAGUAAAACGACGGCAAAGAAGUCAUUCUCUUUGUAAGACGCGACGACGCCGUCACGACCCAAACGCAAAGCAAAUGUUCUAGAAGGAUUCGUCUCUGGCGCUUAGCGAACUGCUUCUCCGCGUAAUCGAGCGGAGUGCGAGCGAGAAAGACUGAUGGCGUUCGUUAUGUGUGGUUCAAUGUUGCGUUUAAAUUGGUGAACAGUGAAAAGUUGGGUUUAGCAUCCGGCUGAACGUGUGGAGAACCGAACAGUGGUGUCGGGAGUGUCCUUGGGCCUGACGCAGUGUGCAACAAUGACCACCGGAAGGUCAUCGUUUGCUAGGAACGGUGGCGGUUGUGAACCAAAGCAACCCGGCGGAAAGGAGGCCGAAUUUGAGUGGAUCGCGUCAACCAAAGAGUGCUGUGAUCGAAACAAAAGACAUUUUCGAAGUGCCCUGAAAAGGAGAAGCCAGCAGGCGAAGUUUCCGAUCUUUGCCGGUAUUUUGUGCCAAAUUUCCGAAGGCGGCCAAUGCUAACGGGUUCGUCCUUGGGAGGUAUAGCAUCGAAAUCUUCGGCCGGCAGCGACUGUGAACGCAUGGAGGUCGAUACACAGCCCGCCGGAGAGUUUAGUGCGGCCACAAUGAGCAACAGCAACGACCAAUGGGAGAUUCUGCCGCGUAUCGACGAAUCAAACAAUGCCUGGCUAAACAAACCGCCCAUGGAAAGAUUCGUCGACAUCCUUGACCAGCUAGACUCGAAGGUAGAAGCGUUGCGUAAGGAAGCAUUUGUGCUGCGGGACAAGAAGGACUUUCUGGCCAUGUCGGUGGAUUUGCUGAAGAAUAACGAGUACCUCACUGGACUGAACGAGAACGAACGGGACGAAAUCAAUUGCUACGUGCAGCGGAUAAGCAACCGACUCGGGACGGUUGAACUGAACGUCUGCACCGUGCGCGAUCCGGCCCAGGAGGACUCGUUGCAUCUCGUCAACAGCCUGAUCGAUAUGAUCAUCUCCAAUAGCGAUUCGGUCGUAUCCCGCCAGAAGUGCCAACAGUUUCUGAACGCUUGUAGCACCACCGACACGAGCGUCUACUCUGAGAUCGAUCCGGCCACUAUUUACACGGACAAAAAGUUCGAAAGUGCUUUACUCGGCUGUACGCUCGAUGAUCAGAAAACGAUCAAGAAGCGGCUACAGGCGCUGCUGGUCUACCUGACGCAGCAGACGAUCGUGCACUGAAGUGAUAACGCGGGCGGCUAUGACCAUGGGUUGGUUGAAAAUUAGAAUACCCCAAAAAUAGUUACAAAAUAUUCCAAUUUUCCCCUUAACAUAAGAAUCGUAUCGAUUUCCCGCUUCUGGCCCCUUUACCGUUGUUAACAGCAUUCAGCAUCUCGUAUACUGCCGUGAAGGUGGACAUCGCGCCGAAUCCCCUCACAGAUUCGUACAGGAGAAGAGAAGCAGACUUGGGGGAACUUUGUGAAGCACACUCAACUGGCACAAUACGGAGUGCGUAACAUUCUGGGAAGUAGAAUUCCUACACCUUUUUAUCUUCGCCGAAGAGCUUCAACGUUCCGCUUGGAUUUAGUUCGGCUUCGGCACUACUUUACUGGUCCGUUUUCGUCACUCAUCGAUAUUUUGAACUUUACAAUUUUUAUUGUUCUUCUGCGGUCUUUCUCUAGUAGGGUUAUAUUCGAAUUCACAGGAGUGUCGUUAUCACAAACAAUGUAGUACUUCGAAAUAGUAGGAAUAGUCACUCUAUUUAUGAUGUAGCGAAUGGAAUGAAGACCAACGCUGGAAAGUUCAGCCUUUUCGUCUAACAAACUAUUGUGAGAAUUGGCUCCAAUUAUGGGGGGUCUGCGCCAGCAGAUACGGUUUGGCGGUUCGUGUUUGGUUUUACAAUUACUUUAAGUUUACUUAUUCCCUAUCAAUGUGCUCCAUUACUUAACAACACACACCUUUUUCCUUACCAAAGUACCAUUUUUGUGGCAUAAAGCGAAUCAGAAGAUGCGCUGUAGCAAGUGCUUUAUGGAACCGUAGAACAGAGUGUUUAUGUGGGAUGCGGACAUUAGAAAGCGGUUUUUCGUGAAUUAUGUCAACAUGAAAUUACACACAAUAUCGUA